AUGCGGCUCUAUUCCCUGCAGACCUGGGCGGGCCGAGAGGACGUGCUGGUCGCCCCUGGGGUGGGGCCGGUAGGGACUUGGGCCCUUGAGGACCACCUACCCCGGAUCCAGGGCCUCGCCCCAGGAUCUCGCGCCAGAAGGAAGGAACAGGAGCUACCAGCUCACCACGUCGAGAUCAGCGGCCAGAGCCAGGCUUCUCGGUUCAGUUCCCACUCCUCGGGUCACCUGACCCGAGCUGUCGCCGCCGCUCCGCCCCGGGAGCCACCUCCCCGGGCUCCGCCUCUCACGCAGCGCAGUUGCCAGACGGUCCCUCGAGACUUAGCGCAAGCGCGCAAAGAGUGCCGCUGCUGGGCGGGGCCUGAGGCUCCCCAGCGCGCAGGCGCCAUCCUCUUGUUGAGUGCUGCGUCCUGGGCUGUGGUUUACGCCGUCGUGAGUUGCGCGUGUCGCUCUUCGCUUCUCGAGCCUCGUACGGUCGCGAUGGCAGGGCCGCCGCUGCGGGCCGCCUCGGGCGCCCUGGUCCGACCAGCCACUGUGCUGGGCACCAUGGAGAUGGGGCGCCGCAUGGACGCAUCCGCCAGUGCCGCGGCCGUGGGCUUCUUCCUGGAGCGCGGCCACACGGAGCUGGACACGGCCUUCAUGUACUGCGACGGCCAGUCCGAGAGCAUCUUGGGCGGUCUGGGGCUCCGGCUGGGUGGCGGCGACUACAAAGUGAAAAUUGCCACUAAGGCCAACCCUUGGGAUGGGAAGUCGCUGAAGCCUGACAGUCUCCAGUCCCAGCUGGAGACGUCACUGAAGCGGCUGCAGUGCACCCAGGUGGACCUCUUCUACCUACAUGCGCCCGACCACAACACCCCCAUAGAGGAAACACUUCGCGCCUGCCACCAGCUGCACCAGGAGGGCAAGUUUGUGGAGCUUGGUCUCUCCAACUAUGCGUCCUGGGAGGUGGCUGAGAUCUGUACCCUCUGCAAGAGCCACGGCUGGAUCCUGCCAACAGUGUACCAGGGCAUGUACAACGCCACCACGCGACAAGUGGAAACAGAACUCUUUCCCUGCCUCAAGCACUUUGGAUUGAGGUUCUAUGCCUACAACCCUUUGGCUGGGGGUCUGCUGACUGGCAAGUACAAGUACGAGGAUAAGGAUGGGAAACAGCCUGUGGGCCGCUUCUUUGGCAAUAGUUGGGCUGAGACCUACAGGAAUCGCUUCUGGAAGGAGCACCACUUCAAGGGCAUUGCCCUGGUGGAGAAGGCCCUGCAGGCUGCUUACGGACCCAGUGUCCCCAGUAUGACCUCGGCGGCCCUACGCUGGAUAUACCACCACUCCCAGCUCCAGGGUGCCCACGGGGAUGCGGUCAUCCUGGGUAUGUCCAGCCUGGAGCAGCUGGAGCAGAACUUGGCAGCAACUGAGGAAGGGCCCCUGGAGCCUGCUGUCGUCGAUGCCUUUGAUCAAGCCUGGCACCUGGUUGCCCAUGAAUGUCCCAACUACUUUCGCUAGUACCCAACAUGUCUCAAGCUGGCAAAAGACUUCUUUCUGGUCUGUCACCUCUUCAUUCCCUCACUGUGGCCAGUCUUUGCCUCAAGCUGACUUAACAUGGUUUUUCCUAAUUGUCUUGAACCACACAUUAUUUUUUUCUAGAUUCCUUUCUUUCUCUCUGUUGCCUUCACAUUGUAUAAAGACUGGCACUGAGCUCUACUCAGGUGUUUCCUGUCUGAAUAAAGUAGACACUUGGCCUGUCUAUAACCCAGGUCUGGAGUGAACUCCA